AUGCCACCACCAGGCCGUCUAUACGAUGCUCUCACUGUGGUUUGUACUGCAGCACAGAUUAUUCAAAGGGCGGCCGUGAUAAGUGUGGAGAAACAACUUCCUUCUGCAGCUUAUGGUCCAGCUUACCGUACCCGAAACGACCCAAGCCCAGAAACUCAAACAACUGCCGGAACUCGAGAUGCUAAACCCGCGUUUGAUACGAGUGAAACAGGCUCGAGAUACACGAUACCCCCAAAUACAUGGACAUACACUCAGGCUGAUAAAGCUAAUUCCUCCGAAACGAAAGAGCCUGCAUUAGACCCGGUUUCCCCAGUCACGGCGCCUGGCACUCCGGAGGUAUCGCUGUCUAAUGGGUCCGUUCUGAGCGCAAACCUAGGUCAAGCCAAAUUAGAUGAUUUCGACUACUAUGAAGAGACAGAGCCUGCCGUGAAGCUAACCCCUUCCCGAGUACCAUCAUCUCGACUCGGGAGACUGUUUCAUUAUGGAAGUCUUGCUGCCUCGUUGACAGCAGGAACUGCAUCGGAGUACGUUCGACGGGCGGCCACAGGCUCGGGUACGGGCGCGGGGAGUGCAAUGAUGAGCGAAGCAAAUAUAUCGAGACUUGUAGACAAGUUGUCUCGUAUGAGAGGCGCAGCACUCAAACUGGGCCAGUUUCUCAGUAUCCAAGAUGCCCAUGUACUGCCCGAGCAAAUCGAACGUGUUCUACGUCAGGUACAAAACAACGCGCAUUAUAUGCCCAAUUCUCAACUCGAGAAAGUCUUAACCGCAGAACUCGGCCCCAACUGGCACGAAAAGUUCUCUCAUUUCGACCCGAUCCCAAUCGCAUCCGCCUCCAUAGGCCAAGUCCACAAGGCGGCUAUCCCACCCAACGACGCACCCAUAGCACUCAAAGUCCAAUUCCCCAACAUUGCCCAGUCGAUCCACUCUGACUUGGCCAACGUUUCGAGUUUCUUGACCGCCAGCGCGCUCCUUCCCAGGGGUCUUUAUUUGGACCGGACGUUGGCGGUGAUGAAGGGCGAACUGGCAGAGGAAUGCGAUUACGAGCGGGAAGCAUCGUGUAUUGAGCGGUUCGGCGAGUUUUUAGGACGAGAGGGCGAGAGGUUUAGGGUGCCGAGGGUGAUUCGGGAGUUGACUACCAAGCGGGUGUUGGCGAUGGAGUGGAUGGAAGGUGUGAGUGUUGCCAAGGGCGCUAGAUGGCCUAAACAUAUCAGAGAUCAGAUAGCGACUGACGUUCUGACCCUCUGUCUACGCGAGCUUUUCGAGUUCCGCCUGAUGCAAACGGACCCCAACUGGUCCAACUUUUUAUACAACCCACGCACCAACCAGUUGGAACUCAUCGAUUUCGGCGCAUCGAGAGAGUAUAGCAAAGAGUUUAUGGACAACUGGUUCGAACUGUUGAGUGCUGCGGUGAGAGAAGACCGGGACGCGUGCGUGGAAUAUUCGUUGAAGCUUGGGUACCUCACGGGAGAAGAAAAGCAAGAAAUGGUAGACGCGCACGUUCGGUCCAUGACCCUCUUGGGCAUCCCGUUCCGCGCAUCGACGGCCCAGCCGUUUUCGUUUAAAUCUCAAACGAUCACGGAUGAGAUCCGUGCGCUUAUUCCUGUCAUGCUGAGAUUGCGGUUGACACCCCCACCCACGGAGACGUACAGUUUGAACCGGUGA